UUAGCGAAAUCUGGUGCUCUUUAUUGUAUCUGUCAAACUCCUUAUGAUGUUCCAAGGUUUAUGAUUGCAUGUGAUCGUUGUGAUCAAUGGUUUCAUGGUGAAUGUAUUGGUAUCAGUGAAAAAGAAGGUGAAUUUAUUGAUCUUUAUUUCUGUGAUGUUUGUGGAAAAGGAUUGGAUCACAUCAAGCGACAGUCACGAUUAACAUCCUAUGCAGAAAAGGAAGAUCAACAUCGAUUGGGACAAUUAAGGAUACAAAAACAAAAGGCGCAAGAUAUGGUGAAAAUGAUUGAACAAAAACAAAAAUUCCUUGCCACAGUGGAAAAACGAAUGGAGCAGAUAACGGAUGAUAUUUGUGGAUUUGAUACAAGAUUAGUAUGGGAUGAUUUAUUAUGGCAAGACGAUGUGAUCAUGGAUGAACAUAGUCAACAACAAUGUCAAAUCAAAAGGAAAGAAUGUCAACGACAUCAACAAUGGCAAAAUAUUAUUCAAUUGGGAUUAAAUCAAGAAAGAAAAGAACAAAUACAAGUACUAAAGAUGUUGGAUAAGGAAAAACAAGAUAUCAAGACAAGGAUGCAUAAACGACGUAAUGAAAUAGAAUUAGCCAAUGGUUUAAAAAAUCAUACCUUUAUUAUAUAA